AUGGCUCCCAAAGGAGACAGGAAUGGUUCGCGCGGGCGCUCUCGCAACCGCAAGGGAACCGUUUGGGAAGAUGAGUUCCCGGAAGACGAUUCGCACAUGCAGCUGCUGAAGAAAGCUGCUGCUGAUGCGCAGCGUGUUGCUGCUGAAGCGCAGCGUGCUGUUGCCGCGCAGGAACUCGCGGAAACACGGGGUUCUGGCAACUCUGGUGCCCGUCGUGGCAACAACUCUCCGGCGCCUUCAAACGCGUCAGGAAGAGGUGAUUUGCCUGGUCGCCGUGACCGUGGCCUCUCUGCUUCCCGUUUUGGGAAGGGUGGCCAGAACUCCCGAAGCUCCUCUGUCAACACUGUUGGCAAGAGCGGAAAGGGAUCGUGGCCGGGCGUGAAGAAAGGGAACCCCAAAUCCCUUACAAGCACUCCGCUGGCGAUGGUCCCCGAGGGGGAGAUCCGUGAAUACGCCAUCGGAUCUGGUGUAAAUCUCCGCCAUGCGGUCAACACCACUUUCGGCGGUGGUCACCAAGACCGCUUCAUGGUUCCGACCGCAACUGGAGGAGCCAUUGCGCAAAUAAACAGCGCGGAAGAUGCCUUUGAAGUCGUGAAGCGGGUGAAGGAAAGCUCGGGGGCAGAUUCCAUGACCAUUGAGGUCCAGCCUUGGAAGAAAGGACAGCUCUCCUUCGCGAAGCGCAAGGCGACUAACACCAAGGUGAUCAAGUCGACCGGGCGCAGCGAGGUCAAGGCCCUCGCACGAGGGGUGGAGCUCUUGUCCACCAAACCUGGGUCUUCAUGCAUCGAGUGCAAUGACGACCAUGCUCUGAGGGACUGCCUUUUCGCCCCAAAGGGCUAUGUCUACGGUUGCACAUUGUGCAACUCUAAAGGCCAUCCGGUUGACAGUUGCAACCAGUUCAAGGACAUGUCCAUCAAGGACCAGGCUGACCUCCUUGUUUACGAGCGAGGUAACAUGCCAAUGCUGGAAACCUCCAAGGACCAGCCACGUUGGGAUUGGUACCUCAGGGAGUACCUGAAGAAGACUGGCAAAGAUGCUGUCUUUCCCAAGGCCCUUCCUUGGACCAUGGAGUUCGCGAAGGAAGUCGGAAAAAGAAACGACUUCCUAGAACUUCAAAGCCGAUGGGACAAGGAUAAGAAUCCCGAUGACUUGCCCAAGGAUCCUGCUCACGGGUCCCCCGAGGAGAUUGCUGCGUCUAUCGUGGCCGGUCAUAUCUACCCAGACCGACCCAGUGAUCUGCCGCAAGCCUCGGAUGGUCAAUUCCCUGCCAACACCGCGAGGACAGGGAUGGACAUCGCCUUGGACGAGAUGCUUGCCCAGGCAGUUGACCGUCGGGCUAAGGAUGCGGAGAUGGACCAGGAGCAGCCCGAGGAUGAUGCCGACAAUGAUCAUGACAUGAUCAAGUAA